AUGGACCAGGACGUGAUUCAGAAACUCCAGGAAGAACUGGCCCGCGCAAAAGCGGAAACCGAACAACAGAGACAACGCGCCGACGAGGAGGCGGCCGCUCGACUGGCCGAAAAACGGCGCGCCGACGAGGAGGCGGCAAAGAACAACGACAGGGUGUAUUUCGAAUACCUACAAAACGUCGAGACGAAAAUCGCCCCGAUCCUCACCGUCGAGACGGACCGGAAGCAGGCGGCGGCAGGGCAGGCUGCAAAGGUCGGCGGCAAAGUGUAUCCGCGGGGGCUGCGGCGUUGGGUGGACUUCCCCCAGCAACACCGCCAGCAGUUUGACGACCUCGCGACUCUGUUCGGCGACCAACGCCUGUUUCCUUCCUACAACGACUCCGUGUCGGUCGCGAGGAAUCUCUCCCCGGUCAAGCGCAGAGACGAGCAAGACGUCCGGCCUUUUGUCCGGGCCUGCCUCGAGGUGCCGGCGAUGCGCGUCGUCAAUGCAUUCCUCCAGCGGACCACCGAUCCACGCUACGCCGGGCUCACGUUCCGCUUCGGCAACAACGCCUACGGCACGGCCGCGCGGCAGAUGAAGCUCGACAAUGCCAGCAGUGCCCUCAGCGGCGGCAGCAGCCGCGACGACAGCAGCCACGGCCGCUUGUCGUCCCGGAAGCGCAAGUUUGACAACGUCUCGUCGCUGGCCCCGGACCGGUGGGGGCUGCGCAUCCGCGCAGACGGGCCCGACAACGACGACGACGACGACGACAACGAAUUCUCUGAGAGCAUCCUUCCCGGCGAGUACAAGGCCGUGCACAAGGUGCGCGGCCACGACUUCCGCAACAUCUUGGGAAAUAGCGACGCGCCGCCGGCCGAGUCGCUCAUCGACGAUUGCGCGCAGCAGAGUGGUGGCGGCGACGGCGGAAGCGGCGGCGGCGGCGGCGGCGGCGUCGAUGUCGAUCCGCAGCAGCACCACGUCCCCGCCGCCGACGCGAAUCCGGCGUCGAAGAAGCGUCGGCAGGACGAGAUGACCAUCGCCCAGGUCCUGUGUCAGGCAUACCACUAUAUGAUCGUCUGUGGAACCGUCUACAGCUAUGUGACCUCGGGCGAAGGCACCGUGUUCCUGAUGGUCGCGCCCGAGAGCGCCGACACCCUCCUUUACCACUGCGUCGACCACGCGGCGUCGGCGGCGCCCAUCACCCAGCCAGAGAACGACCUGGUGCGUGUGCCCGCGGCCCAGAUGGCCACUCUUAUUCUGAAGGCACUGGUCGCCGGCUUGCAGCCGACGGCGACGACGACGGCUUUGCUCCAGGACCUCCCGCGGUGGCCAAAUCCACAAGCGAAGGUGCGUAGUAGCCUCGACGCCCCCGGUAGGCGACCAGGAAGAUCGCCGAGGGGGGGCGACGACGACGACGACAACGACGACGACGGCGACGACGACGAUAAUACUAUGCACGGUGACAAGGGUGACCCUGGCGGAAUGCUGCUACCGCUAGCGCCGUCGUCGAUCCGUGGUGGUGGUGGUGCUACGCAACCUCGUCGGCAUAGCGCCGACACAUCGUCCCGGCCCUUUGAUCCUCUUGAGCCUCCCCGGCGUGAAUACUGCACGCAGGCGUGCCUCCUUGGACUCUGCCGCGGCGGUCCGCUGGACCCGGCCUGUCCGAACACGCCGGAACACGCGCGCGGGGCGCAGCAGACCAUCGGGGCAGACGGCCAGCCAUGCCACGCCAUCUCGACGGCUGAUCUCUGUGCCAUGCUGCUCGACCAAUUGACGCGCAGUCUCAGUGCAGGCGUCGAGUGCCUGAUGAAGUACGGACUCUUCGGCACCAUCGGCACGCUCUUCAAAGUCACGCUCUGCACGUACGGGUACACGUUCGUGGCAAAGGGGGUGCAGGACGCCGACGAGCAAGCCCUGAAAGACGAAGCGGCCCUCUACGCCAACCCGGCCACGCUACCCCUCCGGGGCGUGUUGAUGCCGGUGUACCUCGGCUACAUGGAACUAGAGGAGUGGCCGUACAUUUUGCCGUCGGGCGCGUGCAUCUGGCACAUGAUGCUCCUGUCGUGGGCGGGCGUGUCGUUGGCCAAGCGGGUCCCCGACAGUGUGGCCGACGUGGAACAGGCCAUUGACGACAUGCAGUGCGAGCUGUACCGCCACGGCAUCUACUACUGCGACGUGCACGACGCGAACCUGGCCUGGAACAAGGAGCUAGGGCGGGUGAUGGCCCUGGACUUUGACCGGGCCUUUAUCAUGGACGAGGAGGACUACGCCGAGUCGCCACCACGAGCAACGGCGGCGGCCAGAAUACAGGCUGACGCGCAUGAGACAAACAGCCUCGCACUCAGCAAGUUGGCAGCCGUUGCACCGGAUUCUCGUAAAGCGGACAAGAGAAAGCGUGAGGACAUCGACCAGGACGGGGUGAACGAGAAGCGGACGCGGACGCGGACGCGGACGGGCGUGCUUUAA